GAAAGCACGAAGUGGAUUCGGAGCGUUCAAGGUGGACCCAGGGAUUGUUGCGACUUGCAGUUUGGCGGCUCAUCAACUUGCCUAGGGGCUUCUCCUGGGAUAUCUUACCCGUUGUCCACCUGUAUCUUCACUCCUUUGACCGCAAGAUGAACGUGCAGUCUUGUUCGCGGUGCGGCUAUGGGGUCUACCCUGCGGAGAAGAUCAGCUGCAUAGAUCAGAUAUGGCACAAAGCGUGUUUCCACUGCGAAGUCUGCAAGAUGAUACUGUCUGUGAACAACUUUGUGAGUCACCAGAAAAAGCCCUACUGUCACGCCCAUAACCCCAAGAACAACACGUUCACAAGUAUCUAUCAUACUCCAUUACAUCUAAAUACAAGGAAGACUGCAGAGCCCAUCACUGGGGCAGAUGAGCAAGAGGAUGGGGAACGAUUUAAAUCAGUUUUUCACUGGGACCCGAACUCCAAGGAUGGGGCAGCUGCGCCCAACAGGCAACCACUGGUGAAUGAGAGACCCUAUUGGACUGGCUAUGGGGAAGGAAAUACGUGGUUCCCAGGAACUCCACCAGAUCCUGAAAUUGUAAGGAUGAUUGAGACACGGAAGUCUCUCGGUGAGCAGGAGUAUGCCGAAGACUAUGGACAACAAGGGGGGAAGGGGAGCUUUCCAGCCAUGAUCACACCUGCUUAUCAAGGGGCCAAGCAAGCUAGCCAGCUGGCCAGCCAGGUGGCAUACAAGAGAGGGCAUGAUGAGCGCGUCUCCAGGUUCACCCCGGUGGCAGAUACCCCUGAGCUGCUGCGGGCCAAGGCAGGGGCACAGCUUCAGAGUGACGUGAGAUAUGCAGAAGAGUCUGAACAGAGGGGGAAAGGCAGUUUUCCUGCUCUGAUCACACCUGCCUAUCAAAUUGCCAAAAGAGCCAAUGAGCUGGCCAGUGAUGUGCGGUACCACCAGCAAUAUCACAGAGAAAUGAAGGGCGUGGCUGGCCCUGCCAUUGAGGCAGAGGGCAUGUGGACAAAGGAAAACAUAGGCAGGAACAGUCAGGGCUACUCAGAAGAGUGGGGAGAACCCCGGGGAAAGGGCAGCUUCCCGGCCAUGAUAACGCCAGCCUAUCGGAACGCCAAGAAAGCCCACGAGCUCGUGAGCGACAUCAAGUACAGGCAGGACUUCAACAAGAUGAAAGGAGCUGCACACUUCCACUCCCUCCCAGCCCAGGACAACUUGGCUCUGCAGCGCGCGCAGAGUGUGAACAAGCUUGUGAGCGAGGUGGAGUAUAAGAAGGAUCUGGAAAGUAGUAGAGGACACAGUAUAAACUACUGCGAGACGCCUCAAUUUAGGAGUGUGAGCAAGAUCUCAAAAUUCACCAGUGAUAAUAAAUAUAAAGAAAACUACCAGAACCACAUGAGAGGCCACUAUGAAGGAGUUGGUAUGGACAGACGGACUCUCCACGCUAUGAAGGUUGGAAGUCUGGCUAGCAACAUCGCCUAUAAGGCAGAUUACAAACACGACAUCGUUGACUACAACUACCCAGCCACUCUUACGCCUUCUUAUCAAACCACCGUGAAACUGGCUCCCUUGAAGGAUGUCAACUACAGGCAAAGCAUUGACAAGUUGAAGUACAGCUCUGUGAGCAGCACUCCUCAGAUGGUUCAGGCCAAAAUCAACGCCCAACAGCUGAGCCAUGUGAACUACCGCGCCGACUAUGAGAGAAAUAAGCUGAAUUACACGCUCCCGCGGGAUGUGCCUCAGAUGGUAAAGGCCAAAAGCAACGCUGAGCUAUUUAGCGAGGUGAAGUACAAAGAAGGCUGGGAGAAGACCAAGGGGAAAGGAUUUGAGAUGAAGCUGGAUGCUAUGUCCCUGCUGGGUGCCAAAGCCUCGGGGGAGCUUGCCAGCAAUAUUAAAUACAAAGAAGAGUACGAGAAAACAAAAGGCAGAGCCAUGGGAACCACAGACUCCAGGCUUCUGCACUCCCUGCAGGUUGCCAAGAUGAGCAGCGAGGUUGAAUACAAGAAAGGCUUCGAGGAGAGUAAGACCCACUUUCACCUGCCCUUGGACAUGGUGAACAUCAGGCAUGCCAAGAAGGCUCAGGCUCUUGCCAGCGACCUGGACUACAGGAAGAAACUGCACAAGUUCACGGUGCUGCCUGAAGACAUGAAGACCAGUUGGGCCAAGAAAGCCUAUGGGCUCCAGAGUGAGCUGCAGUACAAGGCCGACCUGGCAUGGAUGAAGGGAGUCGGGUGGCUGACUGAGGGGAGUCUCAAUUUGGAGCAAGCCAAGAAGGCUGGUCAGCUGGUCAGCGAGAAAGGCUACAGGCAGAAAGUUGAUGAGCUGAAGUUCACCAGCGUGGCCGACAGCGCCCACCUGGAGCAUGCCAAGAAGAGCCAGGGGCUACAGAGCGAGGUGGCAUACAAGGCAGGAAACGCACAGUCUGUCCAUCAGUACACCAUCAGCCGGGAGGAGCCUGUCUUCCUGCUGGCCCGAGCCAAUGCUGCAAACCUCAGUGAGAAACGGUACAGGAGCAGCUGGGAGAACCAGAAGGCAAAAGGGUUUGAGCUGCGUCUGGACUCCUUGACUUUCCUGGCAGCCAAAGCCAAGCGGGAUCUAGCCAGUGAGGUAAAGUACAAGGAAGAUUAUGAGAAGUCCCGCGGGAAGCUCAUCGGGGCGAAGGAUGCCCAGGGGGACUCGAGAAUGAGCCACUCCCUGCAGAUGUCCAAGCUGCAGAGCGAGCUGGAGUACAGGAAGGGUUUCGAGGAGGCCAAGUCCCAGUGCCACGUCUCCCUGGACAUGGCCCACCUCACACACGCCCGCCAGGCCCAGCACUUGGCCACGGGAGUGGGCUACAAGACGGCAUCGCACCACUUCACCACGUUGCCCACAGACAUGCGGGUGGAAUGGGCCAAGAAGGCAUACGGACUACAGAGUGAGAACCAAUACAGGGCAGAUGCCAAGUGGAUGAAAGGCGCUGGCUGGGUGGCCACCGGGUCGUUGAACGUGGAGCAGGCGAAGAAGGCAGGAGAACUCAUUAGCGAGAGGAAGUACCGUCAGCAUCCCGAUGCUUUGAAGUUCACCAGUAUUAAAGACACUCCGGAGAUGGUCCAGGCCCGAAUUAGCUAUGCCCAAGCCGUGGAUAGAUUGUACAAGGAGCAAGGUGAAAAUAUAAAACACCACUACACGCAGACUGCAGACCUCCCAGAAGUCCUGCUGGCCAAAUUCAAUGCCAUGAAUCUCAGUGAGACGCGGUAUAAGGAGUCCUGGAGCAAACUUCGCGACGGUGGGUAUCGACUGAGGCUGGACGCCAUCCCCUUCCAGGCGGCAAAGGCUUCCGGUGCCAUCAUCAGUGAUUACAAAUACAGAGAGGCCUUCGAGAAAAUGAAAGGCCAGAUGCUGGGCUCCCGGAGUCUGGAAGAUGACCUCAGCCUGGCACACUCGGUGCAUGCCACCUGGCUGCAGAGCGAUGUGAAUUACAAGAAAGGCUUUGAGCCCUCAAAGGCGCAGUUCCAUCUGCCUUUGGACAUGGUAACCCUGGCGCAUGCCAAGAAGGCUCAGGCGCUGGCCAGUGACCAGGACUACAGACACCCCCUCCCCCAGUACACAUCCGUGGCGGAAGACCUGCGGCUGCGCUGUGCCAAGAGAGCUCACAAAUUGCAGAGCGAAAACCUGUACCGGUCGGACCUGAACUUCCUGCGCGGCAUGGGCUGUGUCGUCCCAGGAACGCUGGAGAUCGAGGAGAAAAAGAAAGCGUCUGAACUCAUCAGUGAGAGUAAAUACCGUCAGCAGCCCCACUUGUUCCAGUACACAGCCGUGAUGGACACGCCCAGCCUCCUUCAUGCCAAGUUCAGCAGUCAGAUUACCAAUGAGCGCCUCUAUAAAGCAGCCGGAGAAGAUGCCAGACACCAGUACACCACGACCUUGGGGCUUCCCGAGUUUGACCGAGCGAAGACCAACGCGGCCAAUCUGAGCGAUGCGAAAUACAAGGAGUCUUGGCAUAAUUUCUGUGCUCAAGGCUACAAGCUGACAACAGAAGCACUCCCCUUCCAGGCAGCUCGGGCCUCUGGAGAGAUCGCCAGUGAUUUUCUCUACAGACACGACUUUGUGAAGGAGCGAGGGCAGCUCAUCGGGGCCCGCAGCGUGAAUGAUGACCCCCGGCUCCGGCACUGCAGGCGGAUGGGCCAGCUGCAGAGUGAGCACCAGUACCGGAGGGAGGCGGCUGGCACGCAGGCCCAGUGCCACCUGCCCAAAGACAUGGUGAACCUGGUCCAUGCUCAGAAGGCUCAGGCCCUUGCCAGCGACUAUGACUACAGGACGCGGUGCCACGAGUUCACGGCGCUGCCCGAAGACCUGAAGCUGGCCUGCGCCAAGAAAGCCCACGCCCUGCAGAGUGAGUUUCGCUACAAAUCCGACCUGAUGGGCAUGAAGGGGGCAGGCUGGUUAGCACUGAAUUCCCCGCAGAUGGAGAGCGCAAAGAAGGCCGGAGAACUCAUCAGCGAGACCACGUACCGUAAGAAGCCAGACAGCAUCAAGUUCACUGCGGUGGUCGACUCCCCAGACCUGGUGCACGCCAAGAGCAGCUAUAGGCACUGCAAUGAGCGUCUGUACAGGUCAGGGGAUGCCGAGUCCCUGCACAGGUACACCCUGAUCCCCGACCACCCCGACUUCACCCGGGCUCGCCUGAACGCGCUUCACCUGAGUGACAAAGUCUACAGACACUCAUGGGAGCAGACCCGGGCCGGCGGCUACGACUUCAGACUGGAUGCCAUUCCAUUCCAGACAGCUCGUGCAUCUAGAGAGAUUGCCAGUGACUUCCGGUAUAAGGAGGCCUUCCUGCGGGCCCGGGGCCUGCAGACUGGAUACCGCAGCAUCUACGAGGAUCCGAAGAUGAGACAUUUCCUCCGCGUCGGCAAACUCCAGAGCGACAAUGUGUACAAGAAGGACUUCGCCAAGACCCUGUCCCAGUUCCACAGCUGCACAGACCAGCCUGGCCUCCUCCAAGCCAAGCGGAGCCAGCAGCUGGCCAGCGAUGUGCAGUAUAGGCAGCCCUUGCCCCAGCCCACCUGCGACCCAGAGCAGCUGAGCCUGAAGCAUGUGCAGAAGGCUCACCGGCUACAGAGUGAUGUUAAGUACAAAUCGGACUUGAACCUGACCAGAGGUGUCGGCUGGACCCCUCCUGGCUCCUACAGGGUGGAGAUGGCCCGGCGGGCGGCAGAGCUGGCCAACGCCAGGUGUCUGGCUCUCCGGGGCACUUACGGCGGGCCAGAGGCUGUGGACUCUAGUGACCACCGGCGGGAUGAUGUCAACCCUGACGCCACUGAGAUUCUGCAUGUCAAAAGGAGGAAGGCUCUAUACUGAGAGCCCCUCCCCACCCCUGAGAGUGGGGAGAGGAGUUGGAGAGACCAGCUUCCCUGGUUUCAGCUUGGGCGAGCUGUGAACAUGGACCCCCAGAUGCUACCUCCCACCCACUCUGUCAAAAAAAAAAAAAGCAUGAAAAUGAAUGGAUCAUGUUUCUACUGGGGAGCUUUGUGUGUCUGAGAUAGAGGCAUAAAGAUGUACAGACAGCUCCCAUUGGGGCUGGA